AUGGCUGUGGAAGAAUCUUUCAUGACCUCAGUUAGCAAGAACUUUGGACCCAAUACUAAAUUAUCAGAAGAUGAAUAUGAUAAACUUUUUUCAUUAACUCAAAUAUUUCAUAAUGAUUUAGAAGAUUUAUACAUAGAAUGGGAAUCAUUUAAUUUUGCAGAAGGUGAAGAUUUAGAAUUACAAAUGACAAAUUUGAUAAAAUUUCAUGAUUAUUUACAAAAUAAACUUACAAACAAUAAAUUUACUCCAAGCUCAAACAAAGUCAACAAAGAUACAAAUUCAGGAAGAAAACCAUUGUCAAAACGAAGUAUGAAUAAUGAAAAUACUCCUUCAACACCUCAAAUUAAAAAAAGAAAAACUAUUGAAACUUCAUCACCUGCACCAGGUGACUAUGAUACUGCAAAUAAUACAUUCACAACCUCACCAAUAAAAGCGACAAAACAAUCACAUACAUUAUUAGAGACUUUAAAUCCUCAAAUUGAAAGUUUCGAGCUAACCACUAAGGAUAUAAAUCCAGUGAAAUUAGCUGCAAAUUUUGAUCCUUCAAAGUAUAAAUUUCGUACGAUGCAAAUGAAAUUGUUAGAAAGUGCAGAUGUUUUAGAUGAUCAGAUAGAUACCAUGGCUGAAUUAUAUCAAGAACAAAAUAAAACUGAAGAUUUACAAUUUGGUAAUCCAUGUUUAAGUUCACAAUUCGAUAUUAUAUGUUGUGGUAGAAUUGUUCCGGAUUCUCCAAAUUAUAAUCAAGAAAUUUUAAACAAUAAAUCAUUAUACUUGGAAACGUCUAGACUCUCAGGGGUUGGUCAAAGAAUUCCAUUAGAUUUAUCCAAACUCAAAGGUUAUUCAUUUUUCACAGGUCAAAUAGUAAUUUUAAAAGGAAGAAAUCCUACGGGAAAAGAGUUUUAUGUUGAACAAGUUAUGCCAAUGCCACAAUUAGGUACUCCCGUUUCAAGUAAGGAAGAAUUAGAAGAAUUUGAAACCCUACAAAAUGGUGAAGGAUUAAAAGUUGUUGUUGCUUCAGGUCCAUAUUCCAACCUGAAUAAAUUAGCGUAUACUAAAUUGGAGAAUUUAAUAGAGAAAAUCAAUAAUGACAUACAUCCAAAUGUUGUGAUAUUAAAUGGCCCUUUCAUUGAUCUUACUAAUAAAGAAGUAGAACAAGGUGAGUUUACAAGUUUGCCAAAAGAUCAACAACCUAGAAAUCUCGAUGAUGUAUUCAAAAUUAUAAUAACACCAUUGUUGAAAAAAAUAGAUUCUAAAAUACAAGUCAUACUAUUACCAUCAUUAAAAGAUAGUUGUUCUGAUCAUUGCUCAUAUCCUCAAGAUUCAUUUGACAGAAAAAAAUUUCAAUUACCUAAAAAUAUUAAAGUUUUUCCAAACCCUUCAAGUUUUGCCAUAAAUGAGAUGUUAAUAGGUUCAUCAAAUCUUGACAUUUUCAAAGAUUUAAAAGAAGUCUUAAAACAAGAUGAUACAUUAUCUAGCAAUAGAUUUGACAGAAUCAUCAACCAUAUUUUUGAUCAGAGAAGAUAUUAUCCAGUAAUUCCUGGUUCUAUUGCAACAAUCACAACACAAUCAGAGAAUGUCGCUGAUCUUUCAAAUGGUGCAUCAGGAGAAUUUUUGAAUGGUUUAAAUAUAGGUGGAUCAUGCUUAGAAAUUCCAUAUAUGGGGUUAUCUGAAUUAGGUUCUUCAAUUCCAGAUGUUUUAAUUUUACCAUCAGAAUUGAAAGUAUUUGCUAAAAUUGUAAAAGGAGUUGUUGUCAUAAAUCCUGGACAAUUUAUAAGACCAAGUAAAUCGAGUGAAGUUGAAGAUGGUAGUUACGUUGUUUUAAGUUUAUUACCACCAAAAGUUAAUGAAAUUGAUGAAAACAAUGUUGAAAAAGUUGCAAAUGAAAAUGAUUUAUAUCAUCAUAAUAUUUAUAAACGUUCAAGAGUAGAUGUGUAUACUAGUUAA